AUGAACAAUAACUUUAACAAUUAUUUGUUAAAUUAGAAUUCUUAACAACAAUACCUAAAUCCAUAGUCAUUUGAAACAUAAAAUGGAAAACCUUAGAUAAUGAAUUAAUUUGAAUGUUUAUAAUUUACUAUUUUCUUAGAUCAAGGAGAGUUUUAGAAUACUAUAAUAAGAGCUGAAUUUAUUCAGAAUAUGUAUAGUUUUUUAACAAUCGAAUUCUUUUUAAAUUUGGGAAUGAUUUCUUUAGGACUUUACACAAGAAUGGACCUUUGGCUUGUGCGUUAGAAAUAUGAAUGUUAGGGAUAUAUAAAGGAUUGUCUUACACCAACUUGGUUAUUCUAUGUUUCUUUAAUUAUUUCAUUAAUAUUGUAAUUCACACUAUAUUUUGGAGGAAACAUUGCUAGAAAAGUAAUAGUUAUAGAUAUAAUCAUAGGCUCCUAUAAAUUACAUAGUUUUAAUAUUAUAUUUAGUUUUCUUUGGAUUUACAUUUACAACUAUAUGCAUUUUUAUGGAAUUAAGUCUGAGACAAAUGGGUGUUUGGGUAACUUGGGGAAUUACUUUUUUAAUAAUAGCUUCAUUUAUGAUAAUAGGUUUCGUAAACAAAAAAGAGGUUUCUGUGAAAAGUACAAUUCAUUCCAUAUUUUAUAGUGGGGGCUAUUAUAAUUUUUGGUAUAUCCAUACCUUUCACAUUAUUUUUGAUAUUCUUUACUUUUGAUUAUAUAUGGGAAAAAUGUGUAUAUGGAUUAAUCAUAAUCAUAUAUGGAUGCUAUUUGAUGUUAGAAACAAGAUUGAUUAUGAGCAAAGGAGUAAGAAUUUAUUAAUAUAUAAAAGAGAUUAAAUUUAUAAUCUAAUGAUUAUUUAAUUGGAUCUUUAUUGCUAUAUGGUCUUAUGUUGUAACCUUUAGUAAGAAUAUUUGAUAUUUUAUUAAAAAUUUUUGGAAGGAGCAGUUAAUGA